AUGGCGACCAUGGAGCUCCCCGUCAACCAUAAGCUGUCUGACCCCCAGAGCGACGCGCUAUACGGUUACAAUGCAGAGGAACAGAAGAUAAUCACCAACUCUACGAAGCCCUGGACACGAGACCCCAACUAUUUCAAGGCCGUGCGGAUUAGUGCCGUGGCCAUGGUGAAGAUGGUCAUGCACGCCCGGUCGGGCGGCUCACUGGAGGUGAUGGGGCUGAUGCAGGGCUACGUCGAGGGCACGGCGCUGGUCGUGACCGACGCCUUCCGCCUCCCCGUUGAGGGCACCGAGACGCGCGUGAACGCGCAGGAGGACGCCAACGAGUACCUGGUCGAGUACCUGCGCCUCUGCCGGGAGGAGGGCCGGCUCGAGAACGUCAUCGGCUGGUACCACAGCCACCCGGGCUACGGCUGCUGGCUCAGCGGCAUCGACGUGGGCACCGAGAGCAUGCAGCAGAAGUUCAAUGACCCCUUCGUCGCCGUCGUCAUCGACCCGGACCGCACUAUUAGCGCGAGCAAGGUCGAGAUCGGCGCCUUCCGCACCUACCCCGAGAACUACAAGCCCGCCGGUGUCAGCGGAGGUGCGGGCAAUGGUGCGGGCACGGUCGGCCCGGACGGCUACCAGAUGGUGCCGCUGAACAAGGCGGAGGACUUUGGCGCCCACAGCAGCCGGUACUACUCGCUCGAGGUGGAGCACUUUAAGAGCACCCUCGACUCGCAGCUGCUCGAGUCGCUGUGGAACAAGUACUGGGUGCAGACGCUGUCGCAGAACCCGCUGCUCUCGAACCGGGACUACGGGACCAACCAGGUGCUGGACCUCGGCCACAAGAUCAAGCAGGCCGCCGCCGUCGUGCAGCGCUCCGCGAGGGGCGCCGGCGGCAGCCAGGGGCCGUCCGGCCCGUCAGCCAGGGCGGCCGACCAGGCCGUCGCCAAGGCCGUACAGGACACGAAACAGGUUGCCGCCAAGGAGGUUGCCGGGCUCAUGGCUUUGGAGAUCAAGGCGCAGAUCUUCAACCGCUCAGAGCCGAGCACGGAGUGA